GGGGCUCGGGCUCCAGCUGCAGCGGCCGCAGGUUCCGGAGCGAGUCUGAGCCGCCACGGGUGCGCGGCGCACUGCUAUCCGAGCCCCUGGCCCCCCACCGGUGGUCGCACUGCUGCCUCUCCUUGGCUAGGCCCGGAAGACAAGGACAAAGAGGCUGUCCGGGAGGGUCUCCCGGAGCCAGAUUAACCUGCAGUUGCGGGAACUACAGGCUUCAAGAUGGUUUGCGGGGGUUUUGCGUGUUCCAAGAACUGCCUCUGCGUGCUUAACCUGCUCUACACUUUGGUUAGUUUGUUGCUAAUUGGAAUUGCCGCAUGGGGCAUUGGCUUCGGGCUGAUUUCCAGUCUCCGGGUGGUCGGUGUGGUCAUUGCCGUGGGCAUCUUCUUGUUCCUGAUUGCCUUAGUGGGACUGAUCGGAGCGGUAAAACACCAUCAGGUGUUGCUUUUUUUUUACAUGAUCAUUCUCUUACUUGUAUUUAUUGUUCAGUUUUCUGUAUCAUGUGCUUGUUUAGCCCUGAACCAGGAGCAACAGGGUCAGCUUCUGGAAGUUGGUUGGAACAAUACAGCAAGUGCCCGGAAUGACAUCCAGAGAAAUCUAAACUGCUGUGGGUUCCGAAGUUUUAAUCCAAAUGACACCUGUCUGGCUAGCUGUAUGAAAAGCGGCCACCCAUGCUCACUGUGUGCUCCGAUAAUAGGAAAAUACGCUGGCGAGGUUUUGAGAUUUGUCGGUGGCAUUGGUCUCUUCUUCAGUUUUACAGAGAUCCUGGGUGUUUGGCUGACCUACAGAUAUAGAAACCAGAAAGAUCCUCGUGCUAAUCCUAGUGCAUUCCUUUGAUGCGAUAACAAGGAAAUGUUUUUCAUAGUCUGGUGGUGUUCACAGCUAACUUGAAGUUAUGCUAAUUUGCUUGUUUAAGGAAACAGCGUCUGGAAAAUUACAUGAUUGACAGUGGAAUUAUAUAUUUUUACUCUUAUGUUUCUCUAACUAUUAUUUUUCCCCAUUGCUGAAAAAAAAAAAAAAGGAAACUUGUGGUCUGAACCUCAGUUGUCCCUGUAAUCUACUGUAUUCUCAGUGUCUAGCACUAUCCUCUGUGGCCUUUCUUAGCAUUUUAACUGCAGAACAACUUUGUAUGGCACUAUGCUGUUGAUCUUAUUGUGAAUCUAAGUAUACAUCUCACUGGAAUAAUUAAUUGUAUGUAGCACUGUGCUGUGUAGAUUACUUUCCUACAGGGAAAAAAAGAAUUCAAGUUUAUUAAAGCCAGUAAGUAUAAGUUUCUAUUAAUAUUGUGUUAAGUUCAGAAUGGGAAAUCUAAAUUCCCUUUUUUAUUUUAUUUUAUUUUAUUUUUUUUGUCUUUUGAGGAGGUAUGUAUUGUGGUGAAAAUUGUUAACAUAAAAGUUAUAAUUUAGUUCUAGUAGUCUUUUAUUACACUAAUGUAUUCUAGAAAUAGCUAUGUCUUUAGGAAAGUGUGGUUUAGUUUUUGAUUUUUAUAGGUAAGUACAAAGGAAAUGGUCUCAUGAAUCUUCUCAUGUGUCACAUGGGCCUUCAGCCUUCAAAAUGGAAUGAGUUUGAGAAAUUCAGAAAGUGUAUCUAUAUAAUGUUGAUAUUUUAUAAUUGAAAUCCAAGACUGCAUUUUUAAACAAGCUACUAUUAUUGCAUUGGCCCACGUAGCAAAAAGAUAUUUGAUUUUCUUACAAAUUGUCAAAUACCUUUUUCAUGAAAUUUCUCAGUAUUGUAACAGCAAAUUGUCAAAUACAAGCAUAUUUGAAUGUGAAUUCCCAUCAUUUGAAAUUGAAAUAGUAUUGUGGUCCUGUAUAUUAUGUUAAAAAAUUAAAGGAUGGAAACCUUUCUUCAUGUAUG